AUGCUUGACACUGGAAACUUUGUGCUGGCAAGCCAAGAUUCUACCAACUUGUGGGAGAGUUUUGAUCAUCUGACAGACACACUAUUACCCACACAGAUGCUGAAUCAAGGCAGCAAACUUGUUGCUCGUUCCUCAGAUGUGAGUUACUCAAGUGGAAGAUUCAUGUUUGCAUUGCAAACUGAUGGAAAUCUCGUGAUGUACACCACAGAUUUUCCAAUGGAUUCUGCAAAUUUUGCUUACUGGUCAACACAGGCUAUUGGCUCUGGCUUUCAAGUUAUCUUCAACCAGUCUGGCCACAUCUACGUCGUGGUGAGGAAAGAAAGCAUACUUAGCGAUGCUUUAUCGAAUGAAGUUUCAAUGAGAGACUUCUACCAGAGAGCAAUUCUUGAAUAUGACGGGGUUUUCAGGCAAUAUGUCUACCCAAAGACUGCUGGCUCAAGGAUAAUUAGGGCAGACACAGGAAGUGGAGCUUGUGGCUUCAACAGCUACUGCACACAAGAAGAUGAUAAGACACUGCACUGCCAGUGCCCUCCUGGUUACAGCUUCUUGGAUCAGAAAAAUGAAAUGAAAGGAUGCAAACAGGACUUUGUACCAGAGAGUUGCGAUGAAAAAUCACAAAAGAUGGCUAUUUUUGGAGGAGGAAAAUGUUGGAAGAAGAAAAUCCCUCUAACAAAUGGAAGGUUUGAUCCUAGUAGUGGACGUAAAGCUCUUAUUAAAGUAAGGAAGGAAAAUUCUACUCUGCAACCCAGAAGUGAAGGUUUGAAGAAGAAAGAUCAGUCAACUCUGAUCCUUACUGGAUCAGUGCUGCUAGGUAGCUCUGUUUCCUGA